ACAUAUUCACAUUUCACUCAGGAUGCCAAGGAAAGUUUUCUGAAGUUCCUGCACAAACGAGCGGAUGAAGAUGCUAUUGUUCGAUUCUCCAAAACCUCCUUCAGGAUAGCGUCCAGCCCUGAACCACAUGAAGGUCCCUCGGACUGUCUGUCUUUGGUCACAGAAUCCCAAGAGAUGACCCAAUUUGUUAUGGAGACUUACUGCACAAAUCUGAAGACCAACCAUCUGGGAAACACCCUGCUGUACACUGAAGUUACCACUUCUACCAUGAACCUGCUGGAAGGGAUGAUGCUGCACUUACCAAAGAACACUGGUUUGGUAGCAGUAGCUGCUCGACAAACACAAGGAAGAGGCCGAGGCAGAAAUGCUUGGCUCAGCCCACUAGGCUGUGCAAUGUUCACAGUUGGAGUCCAAGUUGAGUUGAACUCCAAGCUUGGUCAAAGAAUUCCUUUCCUACAACAUUUGGCUGCUUUAGCCAUCGUGGAAGCUGUUCGCACACUUCCUGGAUAUCAGGAAAUAGACCUGAGGGUGAAGUGGCCCAAUGAUAUCUACUACAGUAACCUGAUAAAGCUUGGAGGAGUUCUGGUAACAUCGACUUUUGUAGGAUCAACUUUUCAUCUGCUUAUAGGAUGUGGCUUUAAUGUGACAAACAGCAACCCCACAGUAUGCAUUAAUGACCUGAUCCAGCAGUACAACACACAGAACGACUGCAGCCUUGAGCCCCUCAGCUGCUCUCAGGUCAUCGCUCUCACUAUGAACUGCCUCGAAAUGCUCAUCACCAGUUUCCAGCAAAGAGGCCCAGACGCUGUUCUGCCUACUUACUAUAAAAGAUGGCUCCACAGUGGGACUCAGGUCCGUCUAUGGAGUGAGGAAGGACCAGAAGCGCAGGUGGUUGGUCUGGAUGACAACGGCUUUCUGCAAGUGUGCAGUAAAGAGGAAGGAAUGGUCUCUGUGGAGCCUGAUGGAAACUCGUUUGACAUGUUGAAGAACCUUGUGGUCAUGAAGCAGCGCUAGGAUAAGCUGCUUUUAUUCCUAAUAACUUUCUACUCUCUGAAGCAACACCAUCGUUCAGUGUGAAAGAGAAGGUUUGGUCGAGUAAUAUUUGAAAGCCAACAGGGUUUUUUUUGACAUCUGACAAAAUCCAUAUAUGCUCCAGUUAUAUUAUGAAUUUGCUAAACCUUAUUACAUUUGCUUCCUGUUUGGAAGGACUACUUUGUAAACUGUUUUUGUUUUUAGAGUGACCAAAAAUAGUUGGACCAUAACCCGAACUUUUUUAUGGAUAACUGUGGUGGCUUAUUUUUUGUCUUUUUUAGUAUUUCAUCAGCUGAAACCUGCAGAAAGAAAUUGGCUUCAACUGACACUGAGCAUUGUUCAAAAAGUUGGUUUUUGAGCAACCUAAAAAUGCUGGAAGUGUUUGAGAACCACAAACACUUCCAGGUUGGGGGGAGGGAGGGUAGGUCAUCAAAUUGGAUGUCAUUUUGUGAGAAGUAAAAAUUCUGCCCUCAACAACAUUGCACUUUUGGUGCAAUGUAGCAUCUUGUAAAAGAUGCAAUAAAAAUAAUCUCUGUCUCUGAUCCAAUCAUAUAUCCCCUGAAAUGAAACAGAGUGAAUGGUUGCUAAAAUACUAUUAUUUUACACAAAUCUGUUGCUACUCCUUAAACUAUGGUGACUUACAUUUACAGGAACAAGCAGCUUCAUACAGCACUCUCCACAAUUACAGGCACCACUUUUGAAAGAAAGCACCACCAAGUUUUGAAAGAAAGGUUAAAAUGAAAUGUUACUUACGGUGCCUUGCUGAUCCUUGUUCAGAUCUCUAUUAUUACUCUUACUGUAGAAAAGAACUUCAACUAAGUUGUUCCUCUCUUACAGUCACUGCCUGCACAAUGAUGAUCAGCACACAUCUGUGCAUGAUGAGUUUCCAUUUCCAUUUUUUUUUUUUAGCAAAAGUGAGCACUUUCCUUCCUCGUCAUGGGAACAUGAAGUAAUGGAUUACUUAUUAAAACAUUUUAGAUAUUUGGAUCAACAUUCAAAAAGUAAAGAAUACCUACAAAAAUGUCACAUUUAUAUAUUUAAAGACUAUGCCACUAUUGUGGGGAUUUUGUUAAAAUGGUUAUUUCUAAAUGCUUAUCCAUUUGAACAAAAUAAACGCAAUUAAAUUACAUGUUUACCUGGGGUCCCAGUCAUUUGUUGGCUGACAAUACAAAUAUUGUCUGGGUCAAUGUUGUGUUUCAAAUUUUUUAUUUUACUAGGUAAAGCCAACAAAUGUAGCCAGUUUGUUAUUUUGCAGUAAAUUCUGGAAGAAUAAUCCUCCUUUUCUUAAAUGGGUUGAUUCUCGUUUGUUACUGUUGCACAGUAACAAUAAAUAAUGCAGCAUGUGCUGCGAUGACCAAAAGCUAAAUAAAGGUUUUUCAGAUAAUUGUGUGUCCUAAAUUUUCUUUUCAGAGAAUUUCUAGACCUGAUCACAGCAGUUUUCACAGCUCUCAAUAGAAAACAACAUCAGAUAUUUAACCCCAGAUGUUUUAGUCAUUUGGGAAAAUGGGAGAUCCAUUUUUGACCACCGACCUCUGAUGGUGUACUAAACCCAGUCUUCCAAUUUAAAGCAAAUCCUUUUAUCACUCACCCAGACAGAUCUAUGGAUGUUGAGGCAGCAGUUUUGGACAUAAUUUACUGUCAUCUCCUCUUUGCUUACAUAAAAAGGAAGAGCUCAGUAGAAGAAAGGGGGAUAUUAUUAGAGUAAUAGCAAAACAUGCUACUUGGGUUGUUUUUUUUUUUUUUACAGUUUUGGGUUUAGUUGCAGUCAUAAAUUGUCCUUUGCUUCUUACACUUAAAGACACUGAAGAAUUGCACUGACAUGGCAGAAUCAACAUGAAAUCUUCAUGUAUAUUAUUUUUUCCUCCAUAUCCGGAUAUGUCUGUAUUCUUCAUAGUUUCUGGGACUUUAACAGUGUUUGACUAUUGUAGAAAAUAAUCUCAAUAAAACAUUUAUGCUACA